UCUCUUAUCCUUUGUUCUCUAACACUGCACAAGAUUCCUUUCUUUUAAUUUUUUUUUUUCUCUCUUCAAAACACAACAUUCAAGCAACCGAAGUUUUCUCACAGUGCUCAACACUCAUCAGCUUUGUCCAUUAUAACCUUAAUUGCUUACAUGGCUUCAAAUUCCAAUUCAAACCUUACAAUCACCAUUGAAAGCAACCCUCCAGAGUCACGCUUAGCCGAAUUGAACAUCAAGUGUUGGCCCAAAUGGGGUUGCUCACCAGGGAAGUACCAGUUAAAGUUUGAUGCACAAGAGACAUGCUAUUUGUUGAAAGGGAAGGUGAAAGCAUGUCCAAAAGGGUCACCAGAAUUUGUUGAGUUUGGUGCUGGAGACCUUGUGACCAUACCCAAAGGACUAAGUUGCACUUGGGAUGUGUCUGUUGCAGUGGAUAAGUACUACAAAUUUGAGACACCUUCUUCUUCUUCAUCAUCAUCAUCAUCUUCUUCUUAGUGUUAUGCAUGGAUCACUCAUCACUGUGAACUGUGAUUAAAUUAGUCUUAGCAUUUUCACUUAUCAAUUUCUUAUUCUUUCAAAUUCUUUGUGAGUUUUGUUUUUUUGUGGGGUUUUGUUUUUCUCUGUGUUUGGUUCUGAUAGUUGGUAGUUUUGGUCAAAGGAGGAACCAAUCAGUCAAAUGCAUGUCCCAUUCAAACCGAACCACUUUGAAGUGUUAAAUAUUUUAAAUACAGUUUUUAAUGUUCCUUUGACUCAGCAACGAUCAACCGUUCAGAUAUUUAUUUUAUAAUAUUCAUGAAUCAUGAGGCCCAAAGGGU